CGAGGAAUUAAGAAAACCAAACCCUCUUUUUUGGCUGUCACGAACUUGCAAGUUAUUACAUGGUUUUCAGUUCAUCUUUGAAUUUGAAAUUAGCUGUUCAAUUCGAAUCUCAAGAUGUGGGCAAGAAUAUUCAGAACUUCUGCAAACUGCAUGAAAGAAAAGCAGAAAAUCAAACAGCCUUACAAAAGCGUUACUAGUGUGAACCAAGAAUACCUAUGUGCAGUAAGAACAAAAUCCUUUGCAGAUUUGUUCUUACAAGUCCAAGUGCUGCAGUUGAACGACAACCCGAUUUUAAUAUCGUCGGAAUUUCUUCUCAACCCCGGCCAAGAAACAAUAACAUCGAUCCUCGAUUCAUCCUCACUUUUCUCGAAAAACAACAAAUCAUCCCAUGUUCUAAAAUCGCUCCUCCUCGAUUAUUUCCAAAUAAGCGCCGACGCUUCUAGCUUCUGCAGCCACCUUCUAAAAAGUUUGAACCAUCUUCAAUCUUAUUACAACAUCAUUCAUCAACUUACUUAUAACGCCAUCGGUAACGAACACGAUCACCGUGAAUACUACGAUAAUUACUCUUCAUCCGACGAUCAAUUCGGCUCCGUUUUCUCCGAGCUCCGUUCGUGCGUUGUACUAAUUAACAACAGCCCUAAAUUCUCAAAUUUGAACAAUAAACAAGAAUUCAAGAAAAUUCACGAGAAGCACUUUUCGGUUUUGCAACAAUUGAAGUUCAAUAGGAAAAAGGUGGCAAGAAAAAUUAAAAUGGUUAAAUGCUUCAACACGGCUUCUAGGGUUUGUGCGACCACGGCUUGCGGGCUCGUGGCGGGAGCCGCCGUGUUUCUGGCGGCUCAUACCCUAACGUUGCUCCUCGUGGGCCCCGCUAUCUUCAGCCUGCCGUUGAAGCCGUUGAAGAGAAAGAUUCGAAACCUUCGAUUUUUCAAGUGUGGGUUGCUGAGGAAAUUAGUGGACCAACUUGACGCCGCUGCAAAGGGUGCGUAUAUAUUGAACCGAGAUUUCGACACGAUAAGUAGACUUGUCGGUAGGCUUCGGGACGAGAUUGAGCACAACAAGAAAAUGAUUGAGCUGUGUUUCGAAAGGAGGGAAGAUCGGCUUUCGUUCCAAGUGUUGAAGGAGAUUAAAAAGUAUGAAUUAGGGUUCAAGAAACAAGUGGAGGAGCUCGAAGAGCACGUGUAUUUGUGCCUCGUUACGAUUAAUCGGGCUCGAGCUAUGGUUGUCAAGGAAAUUUCCAAGGCUUGUGCGGAGAAUUCAGUACGGUAG